CGUGUUGUGUCUCAAGGGCCGACUUAAAGAGAAGCGGGUGUUGACUCGCGGGCAACUGAAGCUGUUGUCAGAUUACACCUGUGACUGCCGGGUUGUGAAGCAUUCGGGAGACGCAGAGGGGUGAAUUUAGGUGUCCGAUGUUUGCAUCUGGAGGGCAUUUCAGUUUCACGUACUUGACUCCCGCUUCUCAACAGAUGUUAACCUCGCCUCCACAUCUGUUUGGUUUUGCACUGCCAGCUCUUGGCUUUGGAAGUGCUCUCUGUUGUUGAGUUAUUGUGGCUCAUGCGGCCAUUCUCUUGUCAUCCGCGCUCUCAGAUUCACGGGCGUGUGCAUUAAUGGACUGAGUGGGAUUAAUGGGUUCAACAGACUUGACUAGAACUUAUCAGCAGCCUCCAUUAGCAAAUUCUACGGGGCCAGAAAGGGAUUUUUCUAAGGAUGUUGCAGUGCAAAGGUUGCCUUUGGAGAAAUUGGACGAGAGCAACAAACAAAAAGCAAAUGACAUCUUUAUUUCUCGGUACACCAUGGGACAGAAAGAUGCUCUAAGAGCAGCUUUAAAGCAAAAAGCUCAAAACAUGCCUGUGUUUAAGGAAGUAAAGGUACAGCUUUUAGAAGAUGCAGGUCCAGAAAAGGACGCUGCUACUCAGGAGACGAGAAUUUCACCCAGUGGAAUUGAUUCAGCUACAACAGUGGCCGCAGCGACUGCAGCUGCCAUCGCUACGGCAGCCCCGCUGAUCAAAGUGCAGAGUGAUUUGGAAGCAAAAGUCAAUUCUGUUACAGAAUUACUGAAUAAGUUACAGGAGGCUGAUAAACAGUUACAACGUGUUACAGAGCAGCAAACAAGCAUUCAGAAUAAACAUGAGAAAUUACAUUGUCAUGAUCAUGAAAAGCAAAUGAAUGUGUUUAUGGAGCAGCACAUUAGGCAUCUUGAAAAAUUACAACAGCAGCAAAUAGAUAUUCAGACUCAUUUCAUUAGUGCUGCGCUCAAGACCAGUAGUUUUCAGCCUGUUGCUAUGCCCCCUUCUAGAGCAAUGGAAAAGUAUUCUGGAAAACCAGACUUUUCUAAUCAUGGUGGCAGUGAUCUAUCUUCACAGAACACAUUUGCUUCCAAACAAGCACCUUUUAGAGAGGUUGAAGAUAUGGGUUUUGAUAAACAGAAAUCUCCUUUGGAGACACCAGCACCUCGCAGGUUUGCUCCUAUGCCUGUUUCAAAGGAUGAUAAAAUAUCAAAGAGGGAAAAUCCUAAAGAAGAGAAAGAAAAUAUGGAGAUGUCAGGUCAUAGAGGAAAUGUAAGACUAUUGGAACAGAUUUUGAAUAACCAUGAUUCUUCAACAAGAAAAAGUGAAUCUUCAGAUAAAACCUUACUAACUAGGUCAAAAAUAGGAUGGAAUGUUGAGAAGAGUGACAGCAGUGACACUUUAUCCUCUCCAAGAUUUCCUUCCUCUGAAGAACUAAGAGCAGCUAAAUUGACUGUACAGAGGUCUGAUGAUUUUCCUCAUGAUCCUGGCCAAAAAAGAAAAGAAACAAAUGGUAUACUCCAGCCAAAAGAAUCUCUGAUUAUGUCAAGGCUUGCUGAUCUUCCACAGAAUUCCAUUAAGCUUCAAGCAACCAAUAAAAGAUCCAUCUUGAAAGAUGCUGAGAAGAUUUUGAGGGGAGUACAAAACAAUAAAAAAGUCCUUGAAGAAAACCUGGAAGCUAUUAUUCGUGCCAAAGAUGGAGCUGCCAUGUAUUCAUUUAUUAAUGCUUUGUCUACUAACAGAGAGAUGUCAGAGAAGAUUCGGAUCAGAAAGACAGUGGAUGAGUGGAUUAAAACUAUUUCUGCAGAAAUUCAGGAUGAACUGGCAAGAAAAGAUUAUGAACAAAAGAGAUUUGAUCAGAAGACUCAAAGGACCAAGAAAGCUCAGAAUAUGAGUAAAGAUAUUAAAAUUAACAUGCAAGACAAAACAGUAAACAAUUCUGUACUUCAUAGAAAACAUUCUCAAAAGCAAAAAGAGGAGCAUUUUAGAAAUCCACUCUUGAAGAGCAUGCCUGCUUCAACCCUACAGAAAGAGAGAAAAGAAGGAUUUUUGAAAGCAACCACAGUGGUACAAGAUGAAGAUUAUAUGUUGCAAAUUUAUGGAAAACCGAUUUAUCAGGGCCAUCGCAGCACUCUUAAAAAAGGACCAUAUCUCCGAUUUAAUUCUCCAUCUCCUAAGUCCAAACCACAGAGACCGAAAGUCAUAGAACGAGUUAAAGGCACUAAAGUCAAGUCAAUAAGAACACAAACUGACUUUUAUGCAACAAAACCUGUGAAAAUGGAUUCCAAGCCCCAACAUUCUGUGCCUGCUGUGCUGCCUCCUAGUGAUCAGCAGUACUUGUUCAGCCCGAGCAGAGAAAUGCCUACUGUUUCCGGUACACUGGAAGGUCAUCUAAUUCCUAUGGCUAUUCUUUUAGGACAAACCCAAAGUAAGAGUGAUUCCAUGCCACCCACUGGAGUAAUUGUAAACAAGCCACACCCUGUAACAGUGACUACUUCCAUUCCUCCAUCGUCUCGAAAAAUGGAAACUGGAAUAAAGAAACCUAACGUCGCAAUUAUAGAAAUGAAGUCGGAAAAAAAGGAUCCUCCUCAGCUUACUGUACAGGUAUUACCCAAUGUGGAUAUUGAUAGCAUUUCGAAUGGUAGUGCUGAUGUCGAUCUAUCUCUGCCUAGUCCCAAAGAAGCAUGUCCUCCUCUGAAAACGUGGAUACAGACCCCAGAACUUAUGACGGUAGAUGAAGAAGAGGUCAAGUUUCCAGGAACGAACUUUGAUGAAGUAAUCGAUAUCAUACAGGAAGAGGAAAAACGUGAUGAAAUUCCAGAACACUCUGAGCCAAUUCUGGAGUUUAACAGAAGUGUUAAAGUUGUUUCUACAAAAUAUAAUGGUCCUCCAUUUCCGCCAGUUGCUUCUACUUUUCAGCCCACCACUGAUGUUCUGGAUAAAGUAAUUCAGAGAAAAGAAACAUUGGAAAAUAGCUUAAUUCAGUGGGUAGAACAAGAGAUAAUGUCGAGAAUUAUCUCUGGGCUGUUUCCAAUUCAACAACAGGCCAGACCUGAUGUCAGUGUUUCAGUCAGUGAGGCAAGUGAACCAUUGACUUCUGACAUCGUGGAAGGAACAAGCAAUGGUGCCCUCCAGCUUUUUGUUGAUGCUGGGGUUCCUGUGAAUUCAGAUAUGAUUAGCCAUUUUGUGAAUGAGGCUCUUGCUGAGACCAUUGCUGUCAUGCUGGGUGACAGAGAAGCAAAGAAGCAAGGUCGUGUUGCUACAAGUGUUUCUGGGGAUGUUUCAGCAAACAGCACAUACUUGCCGGCAAGAGUAUGUACCCCAGUGGCUACCCCACAGCCAACUCCUCCUCGCUCACCUUCGUCACCUCCUAAGGAAUGUGUAUUAGUAAAAACUCCAGAUUCUUCUCCCUAUGAUUCAGAUCAUGAUUUAGCUAUUCCUGCAGAAGAAAUAUUUGCUGGAAAAGGAAAUGAAACGCCUGCCAUCACACUUGUUAAUACUCCAGCGGUUACCCCUGCUACUACCCCUCCUCCUGCAGUGGCUUUUUCCCCAACUUUGUCAGAGAUUUCCAUUGAUAAAGUGAAGCCAUCAGGUCCAGAGCUUCCUAAGCCAUGGAGUGAUGGAGACCUGCCACUGGAAGAAGAGAAUCCUAGCUCUCUUCAAGAAGAACUUCAUCCGAGAGCUAUUGUAAUGUCUGUGGCCAAGGAGGAAGAACCUGAGAGUGUGGAUUUCCCUGCUCAGCCUGCACCUCCAGAGCCCCCACUUCUUCCUGGCACCAACGCCUCUUCCCUCACACAGAUGCCAGGUUCUGAUUCAUCAACAACAGAGAGCACCUUCAGCGUUACUGUCACUGAAACGGAGACUCUGGAUAGACCCAUCUCUGAAGGAGAGAUUCUGUUUAACUGUGGUCAAAGAGUGACUCCCAAGAUUUUAGGAGACGAAGGACUGUAUCUGAUGAACCUAAAUGAUAGCUUAUCCAGUACUCUGCAAGACGCCCUUGAGAUGGAAGAUGAUCCUCCCAGCGAAGGACAAGUGAUUAGGAUGCCCCAUAAAAAAAUUCAUGCAGACCCAAUUCUUUCUCUUCUUGCUAAACAAAACCAGGACUCCUUGGUUUCACAGCAAGCAGUCUAUCAUUCAGAGGACUUGGAAAACAGUGCAGGUGAACUUAGUGAAGGACAAAGGCCCAGGCUGACAGCAGCAGCAGAGAACAUCUUACUGGGACAGUCUGUCUCUAUGCAGUCACCUGCCACUAAUGCAGAGUUUUCGGAUAAAAAAUGUGCUCCUCAGCCAUUAUCUCAGCAAUAUGACACAGUUGCAGCAGGUGGUGGUUAUGAAGAUUCAUGUGCAAGUCAUGGUCCAAUGAGUUUGGGAGAAUUGGAGUUGCAGCCAAAUUCUAAUCCUGCACUUCCCACAACACUUCUGACAGCACAAGAAAAUAAUGUUAAGUUAUCAGGAGCUGCUGAAGAUAUUCAUCAGUACCAACAAAAGCAUGACCAAGAUGUUAAGCAAGUUGAACAUAGGCCAGCACAAAGUCGUUUAAUACGUGUAAGAAAUAAAUCUGAUACUUCACUUUCACAGCAACAAGGCAGUAAAGCGGUACCACUUUUUGCUUCGCAGACGUCACCCACCAAGAUGUCUGUGACGCUGCCCUCAGUGAAGCUGGAGGACUAUUCUCAGUCUCUGAGCAUCAGCACCGUCCAGGGGGACACAGACUCUUCAGGAGCAGAUACCUUCUGAAAGGGAAGUCAGAGCCAGCAUAGUGUUUGUGCCACUGGUUUUGAAGUCAUUUUUCUCAAGCAUAAAACCAUGUCUCAAACUAUUUGGUGUUUUGAGCAUAUUCUGAAAAACAAUUUCUAAUUUCUUAUUAAAUUCAAAAACACAAUUUGGGUAUUUAGGUAAAAUUUUUAAAUAAAAUAAUUUAAAUAUGAAUCAUUGUGAGUCUGAAUUAUUUUUUAGAAUCCUGAGGUAGCUUGGCGUAGUGGAAAGGGCAUGACUUUUGACAUGUAAGAAUGUAUUCUAUGAAUAUAAUUAUCUGUAGUUAUGAAACGAUGUUGCUCAAGGCUAUUCAUUCCGAAUUUUUUGGUAACAACAAAUAAUUGGCAGCAAUCUAAUGUCUGUCAAUAAGGGACUGACUAAAAAAGUUGUGGUAUAUCUGUAUAAUGGAGUACUAUGUAGUAAAAAAAGAAUUGUAAAAUGUUUACAUAUUGAUGUGGAAUUGUCUCUGAGAAAUAUCGUUAAAGUGAAAAAAAAAACUGGGGGCAAAAUAGCUACCAUCAUGUGCAGUGGGGAGGGGAAUCCAAAUGUGUGGUAUGUACACACACGUACACAUACAUACAUACAUUUGCUUAAUGACGCGUUGAAUGUAUUUGGAAGGAUAAACAGGAAACUGCUAACUUAUUUCUGGGAAGGAGGACCAAGUGGCUAGGUGAUAGGAGUCAAGGAUGACUGAAGCCACUAUGUAUUUGAACUUCAAUGUGAUGGAAAAAAUUAAGUGAGGUUAAUUUUUUUAUACCUUCCAUGUAUGCCUUAUAAACAUUUAUACUUUACAAAUCUGUGAAAUGUGACUAAAUUACCUUUAGAAACAUAAACACAUAAAAUUGAAAGAAAACCAAAGCAUAACUAAAAUUCUAGUUUCACUUGCUUCACCUUCUUGCUCUGUGAUGAGAGCAGAUAAGCCCCUUCUUCAUGGCUGCCUGGGCAGGUGGGUUUAAUACUUGUUUUGCAGGAUAAUGAGGAUUAUCGAUAAUGUUGGGGGUGAUGCUCAGCACAGUGCCUGGCACCAGAUAAGAGCUCAGUUAAUGGUGGGUGUCAUCAUCUUGAGGAACUGAAGCAUCUUACACCAGAGGGUCAGCCCAGUGAGAAGCAGGGUAGCCUAGAAUUAGCAAUAAAACAAAACAAAACAAAAACUUAAACAUAAACAAAAAUGUCUCAUCUCCCUGAACAUAUUUUCCUGUCAUAACUGAAGUUCAAACACACAGUCACUAUACUCAUCCUUGACUUUUUUCAGCAUUUCCCUGGGUUCCUUGGUGUGUCUCAACCUUGGCUGCACAUUAGAGUCUCUGGGAGCUUUAAAAACACCUCUGUUCCAUUCUCAGGGACGCUGACCUCACUGAUCUGUGAUAGGGCCUGGGCAUUGGUAUUAAAAAAGAAAAAAGACCUUCCCAGGUGGUUAAAAUAUACUUUCGAAGUUAAAAAUUACUCAAGAGCAAUGUAGAAUUCCUUAAGCUUCUAGUAGGGCCCACUGCCUGGGGAAUUCUGGAAGAGUCUGAGGAUGUCUUCUCACUAGAGACAGAAGCUGCAAAAACCUAUGGAGAGGUGUCAGCCUUUCACGCACAUUUCUUCCUAUGUCAGCUCCUCCAGCUUCUCGGAUAUUCUGUAACUGAAAUGCUUUAGGUUUCACUUUAGAACCCAUUUUUCUUUGGUAUUGCUUUUUGGACAGCUCUGCUUGUAAUCGUUCCCAUGAAACAAGUAGAAGAAAAAUGCUAUUCUCUGUAUCAUACUUGGUAUUUGAUGUUCAUCUACAAAUCUCUAGCUAGGGUGAACGCUGCUUCAUUUUGGACAGGACGCCUUGGUUUCUCAUUUUCACAGCUGCCGCUUUCUGAGAAGGAUGUUUCUUAAUUUUAGCAAAAGCAUAUUUUAAAAGUAUUGGUCGUUUCUCCCCCCACCCCCACCAACUGUAGGAAACUCACCUUUGCUAAUUUUAGGGUAGAAGUAUAAGCUUUGAUUUAUUCCACUCCUCAUUUGCUUAAACUUUUCGGGGGGGGGUACUUUUUUUUUGUCUGCUCAUCUGUAUUUUGUUUGAUGGGAUUUCUGGCCAGGGCUACUCCUGUAGGUAUUCCCCCGCCAACCACCUCAAAUCCUUUUGGAAUAAAUUGUGUGUGUAAAAUAAAUUAAAU